CUCCAAAUGCAAACCCUCUUCAACACCCUCUUGAGGCUUGAACCCUCGCAUCACCUGAAAACCAACGCUAUUCGAAGAUUUAUUCUCAAUUCCGUGCUUAGCAGAUUCAUAAUCUCUAUGAUGAGAUAAUCAAUCCACAAAAUUUGGUUGAAUUGAACCAAAAACAUGGUUUCGAAGCAAUCCGGCAAGGAAAAUGAGGAUGCUGGUGCCGAUGCUGAUGUAGAUGCUGGUGUGGUUUCUUCUCCCAGGCCAGUUCGCACAAGUGAUAGGCUUCGAAAAAGGCCUAAAUCGUACAAUCGGUAUGUAAUGUUUCCGAAGUCGAAACGAAGCAAGACGAAAACGAGAACCGCUGCUUCUCAGAUUGCCAAGAUGUUAAACACCAGACAGAACAACUCGGAUUCUGUUCUGGCAACCCUUCGUCGUUCCACAAGACAAAGAAGAGUUUCUGUAAAUCUGGACGCCUACACAGACAGUACUGGAACAGAAGACAACGACCUAAUGGGUCCAAAUCCAAAGUACAGAAGUUCCAGGAGUCGAAAUAACAGCAGCAACAGGCAUAAAGAGAAGCUGCUUCCUCGGCGUGAAGGACUGAGACCUCGCCAUUCUAAUUCAGGUUCAAGAGGACAACUCAUUCUUGAAUCUGAAGAUGAUGAAAGAGAGAAUUAUGAAGAGAAUAAUAAUAAUAAUGACCAAAACGGACAUGAAAAUGGCAAUAAUGAGAUGGAGGAAGAAGAUGGUGAUGAUGAAGGAGAAGGUGAAGAAGGUGAAGAAGAUGAAGAAGAAGAAGAAGAAGAAGAGAAGAAGAAGAAGAAGAAGAAGAGCAAGAAGAGGGUAGAAGAAGAUACGAUCUUAGAAACCGUUCAGAGGUUCGAAGACUUGAAGAGAGUGGUGGUAAACAAAGAGCAAGAUCUCCCAGAAGGGUACUUCAACAAGGGGUAA